AUGCCUAAUUUUAAAACAAAACAAAAAUGCAAGUUCACAGCGUUUACUUAUACAUCUGCUUCAGUACUUGGUAAACGAAAGCUGACUGUGGAAAAACCAUCAAUUACCAAACAAACAAAGAUUCAUCACAAUAACGACCCACAAUACAGAAAAUACUUUGAUGAUUCUAUGCGAAACUUUCUGAGCAACAGUAUUAUUAACAUAAUACAAAAAAAGAAAAGAGUAUCAUUGGAAAAUGAGCUAAAAAAGCUCCAAGCGAAGCUUCAAGAAUCAACUACUUUGCCAAGAGGAAUAAUGUCAAUGGCAGCAGAUUUAGCAGGUCUAGAAAAUAAAGUAAUGGCAGAUUACAUGGAAAGGAACGGAGAAAAAAGAAACCAUCUGCUGUGGAUAGACUUUGUUAAAGAAAACUUUGAGACCACUGCAGCAAAUUUGAAAGAAAGGAAUCUGGCUUUUCCACCAGAAGCGUCGUCGUCGAAAACGGAAUCAACUACCAUACCAAAAGAAUGCCAAUAUAGAACUUGUUCUAUAUCUUUAAAAAACAUAAGAAGAAAAGACUUUUCUACAGACAUAACAAAUAUAGUAGACAAUAAAAUGAAAGAAUCAAUGAUCAAAUUAAGCGACUAUCGCUGUAGAUUCUUUCCAGUUGUACAAAUGAUGAUCCUAACACUAAAAAACCAUACCUUUGUUACAAGCAAUGGCCAAAUGGUGCUAAAAGAGAUGUAA